GGAAGCAUUUGAUAUCUUUCCAAUGCUACAUCACUAAGUGCGUGUGACAGUACGCGAGACGGCCUUUGAAAGACAUAACCACAAUGCCCGACUUCACCGAUCGCCUCAAGCCAGCGGCUCCCGAUGGAACGACCGUUCUGGCGCAAGAGCGCGGCCAAUCCGACGUACCCGUGGAUGAACUCGCAAAGCACCUCUUGUCCAACGACGACUUUCUCGGCCGACAGGAACGCAUGCUGCGCAUCGUGGAGAAGGACCCUCUGUUCAACAAGACCAAGCAAUUCAACCUGUCUCGUCCGGACCGAUUCAAGCUCGGCCUGGCGCGGGGGAAGAAGUUGAGGAGGUAUUCCGACCAGUAUGGAUGGGAUGCGAAGGAUCAUGAAAUGGCGGUGUAUCUCUGCGACGACGUGACGCCCUACAUGGUCCACUAUGCUAUGUUCAUCACGACUGUCCGCGAGCAAGCCAAUGACGAGCAACGCGCGUACUGGUCGCCCAAGAUUGAUGCCAUGGAAGUCAUUGGAUGUUAUGCUCAGACCGAGCUUGGCCAUGGCAGUAAUGUGCGUGGUUUGGAGUGUCAAGCCUUCUGGGACCCCAAGGCCAAAGAGUUCAUCAUACACAGCCCGACCUUGACCGCGAGCAAAUGGUGGAACGGGACGAUGGGUAGAACGGCCAACCAUGCCAUCGUCAUGGCGCAGCUCAUGCUGCCCAAAGAAGGUAGCCCCGGUGAGUACACCAGCAGAGGGCCGCACACCUUUGUCGUCCAGAUCCGCGACAUGAAAACACACAAGCCCCUCGACGGCAUCGCGGUCGGUGACAUUGGUCCCAAAUAUGGCUAUGCUCCAAUGGACAAUGGAUAUAUGCUCUUCGACCGCCAUCGAGUACCACACUCCGCCAUGCUGUCACGCUACUCCCGAGUCGAUCCCAACACCUCCGAAUACACCAAGCCUGCAAAUCCCGCUGUUGUCUAUGGCAGCCUCACGUACGUGCGGGCGACCAUCAUCAUGCACGCACGACUCAUCAUCGCUCGCGCCGUCACCAUCGCCGUACGCUACACAUGUGUCCGACGGCAAUUCCAAGAUCGGGACAGCAAAGAUGCCAAAGCGCCGGAGCUGUGCGUGCUCGAUUAUCCCACCGUCCAAAUCCGCAUCCUACCCCUCCUCGCCACCGCCUUCGCACUUCACUAUACCGGCGAGGCGAUGCAGAGCUUGUACUGGAACACGCGAGAGGAGAUCAACCAAGGCAAUUUCGGCCGCCUCGCCGUCCUGCACGCUCAAUCCUCAGGGUUGAAGAGUCUGUGUACGGAACUUGCGGCCAACAGCAUCGAGACGUGUCGACGGGCAAUGGGCGGCCAUGGCUUCGGCGGGCCGAGUGGUUUCAUUCAACUCAACAAUGAUUAUCUGUCCAAGCCCACCGUCGAGGGCGACAAUUGGAUGAUUACGCAGCAGACGGCCAGCUUCCUCAUCAAACGCAUGCAAGCGGCGGUGGAUCGGAAAGGCAAGCCGCAAGACGAGAUCGAAGGGCAUUGCCGACAAUACCUCGACGAAAAGAACGGCUACAAACCCAGCCAGCUCCGGGUCUUUGACCGCGACGAGGAUAUCGUAGAAGCCUUCCGCCGACGAUCACGAGACCAAACGUACCGCGCGCACGUUGCACGCAACGAGCAGAAGCAAAGCUGGAACUCGUUGCUGAUCCAGCUUCGGCGAGUCAGCCACUCGGAAUCCCAGUCCAUCCUGGUGCAGAACUUCUACAAUGCUCUGCAGCAGAAAGACUCCGCCGUCUCCUCCACGCUGCAUGCUCACCUCCGUACACUGUUCCGUCUCUUCGCCUUCUAUACCAUGGACAGCGAAGCCCGAGACUUCUCUCGCGCCAAGGCGGUGUCUGACGAUGAUCUUGACAAGAUUCCGGCGAAGAUCCAGGAGCUCAUGGCGCAAGUCCGCCCCCACGCCGUGCGCCUGGUGGAUUCGUGGAAGAUUCCGGAUUUCCUGCUCGAUAGUGCGCUUGGGCGAUAUGAUGGCAAGGUCUACGAGGAUUUGUUCAAUCGGGCGCACCGGCUGAAUCCGUUGAACGAAAUCACGUUCAAUCCCUACUACAAGGAGGAGGAGAUUGUGAAGGGAAGUGGGGAGAACAUCGAUUCGAUUUUGGCGAAACUGUAGC